CCAAUUAGGUAACACGUGUUGAUAUGUUCUUCCCCGCCGCUAAACCCUAGCGUUUCACAUUUUCACUAACAUUCCUCCAUAAAUUCCCUCAGUCUGAAAUCCCUAGUCAUUUCUAGGGCUUAAUCGAGUUAAAUUAGCUGAAAAAGGGAAAAAAAUGGAGCUUUGCACAGCUCGAUCAAUCUCGAAUCAUCCAUAUUGUAGGCUCUUCACUGCCGGUGCUUCCCCAAUAAGUCGAUUUCAGAAACUUAAUCCCAAAUUCCCUGCUUCAAGAAUCUCUCCGUCCCAUUUCAACCCUUCAGGAUUGCGAUAUUGCACCAACUUGUCUCUCAGAUCAUCACUCUCUGAUGAAAUUUCAACUGGGGCUAGUAAAUAUACCAAAGAUGGACCAGAUGGUGUGGUGACGUUGGAAGAGUCCAGGUCAGUUGAAAAGAAUGUGUAUGGAGAAAAAUUUCCGAACGAAGCACCAAAAGAAGAUUCUCCUGAAGAAAAACAAGUGCAGGCAUUUGAGUAUGGAGAAAAAUUUCCAAACGAAGAACCAAAAGAAGAUUCUCCUGAAGAAAAUCAAGUGCUGGCAUUUGAGUUUUUAGAGAAGCUCAACAUAAAGUUUGAUUCGGACGAUAAAUACCCAAUCCUCUUAUCAGGCGGUGGUGCCCUGGUUGCUGUCUAUAUAGCAACUGCAGUGGUUGGCGCAAUUGAUUCGAUUCCUUUGGUUCCAAAGUUGAUGCAAGUCGUGGGACUUUCCUACACAGUAUGGUUCGGUACCCGCUAUCUACUUUUCAAGAAAAGCAGGGAGGAGUUGGCUGCUAAAAUUGAAGAUAUUAAGCAACAAGUCCUUGGUUCAGAUGAUGAUUGAUGUGGACUCAAGGAUAUCGCUAUGAUUUUGUUGCAAUUAGAUAUAUAAAUUGAGUAAGGUUUGUCAGAAGAGAUGGUCAAAGUUUAAUGACUCAGUUUUGGUUGUCAAUAUGUGGAUAGUAGGAUCUUAGGUCGAUGUAUAAUCUGAAAUAGAAGAUCAAAAUCUUUAUUUACUGAUAAUAUUUUCCUACUUGCUAGUUUUUGGACUUUCAUUUGUUUAAGCAGAUGUGGCCUAGAUGAAUCUGCCCUUUUGAAACUUAACUAAAGAAAGCAAUAUAGAAGCUGUUGGCGCUCUUCCAACAGAAUAUUGAAGAUA